AUGGAAACGGCGGUUCAGCGGCGCGAGCUGGAGGGUUUGUCUCAGGCGCUGCUGCACCAGGGCCCUGCUGCUGCUGCUGCUGCUGCUGCUGCUGCUGCUGACCGCGAGAGCAGCAGCAGCAGCAGCAGCAGCAGGAACUUGCUGGCCCUCGAGAGGGAAAACGCAGAACUGCGGCAGCAGCUUGCAGAGCUGAGUGCAGCAAUUGGUGCUUCUGCAGCAGAUAAAAAGGGCGGGGGGGCGCUGCCGGCGCUGCUGGCGUCGCAGCUGCGAAGUGCACACAGAGACUUGGUGAAGCUGCGCAGCAGCAUGAGGGAGGAGCAGCAAGCAGCAGCAGCAGCAGCAACAAAUGUGGGAGCAGCAAUGAAGGCCCUGGGAAGAGGCGCGGAAGUUUUUGCUGCUGACCCCAACGACUGCACGCUGCAGCAAGCGGCCCUUGACAGCCAGCUCGUCAAGGCCAGGAGGAGGGUCUUAGCUGCGCGGGAGUUCGUGUGGUCGGCUGUCGCGACACUGAAGGAUUUAAUAGACCAAACUUUCGAACGGGUUGGGCGUCUUGUGAAGUCCGAAGUGGCUUUAAAGAUUUACAACGACUUGGACGCAGUUUUUAAGGAGCUGGAAAACCUCAAAGCUGUUGUCUUCGACCCCAGGAGAAAUAAUCCUUACUGCCCCUGCCGCCCAAGGCGAAUGGUCUUGGAAGAUGAUUUGGAACAUCUGCAGCAGCAGCUGCAGCAGGCCAAUGAGGCUUUAAGAAGAACUCGAACAGAAUUGAUAAAGUCCGAAAUGGAGAGUUUGGCGGCCUUCGUCCAGGACAAGUUCCAGCCUGCUGCUGCAGCAAAUCCGUUCAAAACAAGCCCUCAACCAGCAGCAGCAGCAGCAGCAGCAGAUCAAUCCUUCACUGCUGCUGCAGCAGCUUACCAGCAGCAGCAGCAGCAGCAGCAGCAGCAGCAGCAGCAGCAGCAAGCUGCAGCAGAGGAAGAGGAGUCUACGGAAAUUCUGCUGCUCAUGGCGCAGAGGCAGCAUGAAGCUGCAAAAGUUGCAGAGGCGCUGGCGGCAUUGAAGGACGAAGUAGAAAUGCUGAAAGACAGAGCCAUGUGCGAAGAGGCCAGCAAAGGCCCCCCCGAAAAGUAUUUGGCAGAAGAGCUUUUCAGCAAAGAACAAAAAGAGGCGGCGAUGCGAAAAGACAAAAUGCCGGCGGGCACUCUGGAGGAGCUGCAGAGGCCAUUAAGGGACGGACGCAUCAUGCAGCAGCAGCAGCAGCAGCAGCAACAGCAACAGCAGCAGCAGCAGCAGCAGCAGCAGCACCCUGCUGCUGCGCUGCAGCAAGCAGCAGCAGCACUCUCAAGCUUCCACUUUGAGAAGCUGUCCGGGCCUUUGGACCCCAAAGACCUGCAGGUUUUGAAAAUGCUGCUGCAGCAGCAGCAGCAGCAGCAGCAGCAGCAGCAGCAGCAGCAGCAGCUAAACUACUCGGCUUUCGGCUCCUUAGCUUUGGCCACGGCGAAGCAGCCGUCUGGCUGCUUCACCGGCAAACCCUGA